CAGGGCUGUAGGUGCUUUACACUGGCCACAGGUUUGCUCCUGGUUGCAAGACCCAAGAAACAAAGAUGAAGCGCUAUCUCUUCUUCACAUUUCUGCUCUGUGGGGUCUUCGCCCCCGAAGUCCUCAGCCUUUCACACAGGAAUAUCUCACUAGCUUGUGAAUCAAUGUUGCCAGACCACUCUGUUGAACCACAGGAAUCCGAAUCACCUUAUCACAUUUCUGUAUCGUCAGAUGAAUAUGACCCAGGAAGAGAAGUAAAAGUGAACAUAGAAGGAACACCGGAUGUUGGAUUUAAAUGGUUUAUGCUGCAGGCUCGAGACAUUGAGGAAAACAUCCCAGUUGGUUCAUUUCAAAUCACAGAUGCAAAUACACAGGGCCUUGACUGUUUCAACCUCUCGAAUUCAGCAUUAAUUCAGACAAACUUAGAAGAGAAACAGACUGUAACAGCCCAUUGGGUUUCACCUGAUGCUAAAACCAUUCAGUUUAUAGCAACCAUUUUUCAAGAUCCUGAAACAUACUGGGUUGUUGUUCCCAGUGUAGUCCUCUUUCCCCGAAAUUCUAGUGAGUCAGCAGAUGAUUCCAAAACUGGUGGUGAAUCUCAAUCAGCCCAAGUAUCACCCAAAAGCAGGAAGAAGUCUGCUGGUAUUACUCUAAGAAUAAACUGUGGCCAGGGUGGCAGUUAUGCAAGCAGCAGUGAGUGUACCAAGAUAUAUCAGGGUUCCCCAUCAGGCACAUAUUCCAGCAGUCAGGGCGGUGUAGUAUACCAAGGAGGUACCAAAAAAGGUGGCUGCCUUGGUGGUGGAGUUUCAAGUGUCUACAGCAAGUAUGGCUGCCGUGAUGUAAGUUUCCUGGGAGUUUUGGUGUGCAAAGGAGGGCCAGUGCCAUUAGCUCAACCCCUUCUGCUGAGUUACUGUCCUGUUCUUUCUGAUCAACCAUAUUUUUUACAAGCAUGUUACUAA